GAAGGGGUGGAGGAAGAUAUCAGGGUGGAGUUUGUCAAGUGAUGUGUGAAUGAAAAGGAAGGUUUCUACACAUUCAGGAGAGAGAAACAGAGGUAGAGACCUUGACUGCAACCUCCUCUUACAGACAGCUGGAGAGAAACGCACACUGACUCAUCUCACACCAUCAAAGUAUAAUCUCAACUCGGUUUUAUUAUGCCAUCAAAAACACUCCCCACCACAGCAGAUGAGAGCAUCGCUGUGCAAACUGAGGAGAGCGUGGAUGUGACACGCAGAUGUCAUGUUAAAGAUCAAUGUGAGAAGGACUUUGAUGUGUGGAAGGAAUCCAGAGCUUGGACAGCAUUACCCAGAAACCUCAGAUUUACACAUCACAAUCAGAAGGUGCUGGGUGUUUUCACCAGAGAGCUCAUUCCUUUAGGGACCCGGUUCGGCCCGUUACAGGGAGAACAUCUCCACCCUGAAGACAUAUCUGCAAACAUCAACCGGAAACAUAUCUGGAUGAUCUUCUCGGAGGGCCGUUUACAUCACUUCCUGUCUUGUGAGGAUGAGAGCGACAGCAAUUGGAUGUGCUUUGUAAAUUCUGCCCCGUCUCCAUGGCAACAGAAUCUUGCCGGAUUCCAAAUUGGAAUGCAGGUUUACUUCUAUGCAGUGAAGGAUCUAAUGCCGGGGGAGGAGCUACUAGUGGGGCGGAGCUUAGAAUACAAGCGGCCAAUGAGCACCAGCCUCAGAACACCCUGUCUGAAGCAGCCGCCUCCAACAGACCAUCAAGUGAGGAAGAGAAAGAGAGGUUAUACCGUCACUGAGAUCCUGGAUCUGAAUCCCUGGAAUGAUCAUCAUCACAUUCAAACACAAUCGAAAUAUGGGGAAAAAGUGACCAGACACCUGCAGAAUCCUAAAUCACCUCCAUCUUUGAUGACUAAUAGCAUCUCUGACAUUCGAGGACAUGUAUACACCCCUGCUAUCCCACAAUCCUCUAUGCCUAGGUAUAUAUGGCCUAUUAUUCAAUAUGUGCCUUCACAUCAGCCAAUGGGCUUUGGCCGAACAACAGCACACAUGUCAAAUAAUAUUCCCCUUCCACCAAUCCACAUGUAUCCAUCUCUUUUGAGUCAAAUAUCCAAAGAGAAUCACCCUUCAUUAGCGCUGACCAAUAGAGGCGACCUCAAAAUUGAUGUGAGAGACUCUACAAUGAGAGAGACAAAACCUAAAGACUUAACAAAGAUGUCACGUGACCAACCACCAACACUCAGCAAUGCAACCGAUCCCUCCGAGAUGUGUGUGGCUUCCUCCUCCUCCUCCGUCACACACGCCACCACAGAGUCUCAGAAGAGGCAGACCGCAGGGUACAAGGCUUUACCGUAUCCACUGCAGAGACAGAACGGAAAGAUCCAGUAUGAAUGUAACGUGUGCGGGAAGAACUUCAGUCAACUGUCAAACCUGAAGGUGCACUUGAGGGUUCACAGUGGCGAGAAGCCGUACAGGUGUGAAAUCUGCAGAAGGAAUUUCACCCAGCUGGCUCACCUUCAGAAGCACAUCCAGGUUCACACGGGAGAGAAACCGCACGGAUGCCAUGUGUGUAACAGGCGUUUCAGCAGCUGCAGUAACCUGAAGACUCACCUGCGCCUGCACUCGGGGGAGCGCCCGUACGUGUGUAAGCAGUGUCCCGCCACCUUCACCCAGCACAUCCACCUGCGCCUCCACAGACGCCUGCACGCCACCCCACGCUCACACCAGUGCCCGCAGUGCCCUCGCAGGUACACACACCUGUGCAGCCUACAGAUCCACCGCCAGCAGUUCUGCCCCGCCUCCAGCGGCACAGGCUCAGCCUCUCAGCUGGACUCAGCCAAUGACGAGAUCGAGAGGUUUGACCUCAGCGAAGGUGCGGAGAGCCUUGAGGUCGAUAUGGAGGCGGAGUCUAUAAAGAGGAUGUGCCGGGUGAUCUGGACUCAGGUGCUUGCUGGGAGGGAGUAGAACAGGUCCACGUAAAUAUGGAAGCAUAUGGGCAAUGUUCAAUUUGAAAUGUAAUAUGCAAAAUGACAAUG